CCCCGCUCGGUUCCGUGGCUUGUCCUUCCUCUCCUGUGUCUAGUACCUCCAGCAGUAGGGCGCGCAACACAACAUACUGACAGUGGCGACUCAUAACCGAGGAGGGAAAAGAUGGAGCCUAGAGAAACCGACUUCAAUAUACUGCUAGCGACCGACUCAUACAAGGUUACUCAUUACAAACAGUAUCCGCCUAACACGAGUAAAGUGUACUCCUACUUCGAGUGUCGCGAGAAGAGGACAGAUCCAAGCAAAAACAGAAAAGUCAAAUAUGACAAAACUGUCUUUUACGGCCUACAGUACAUCCUUCACAAAUACUUAAAAGGAAAGGUCGUGACCCCGGAGAAGAUCCAGGAAGCAAAGGAGGUGUACAGGGAACAUUUCCAGGAUGAUGUUUUUAAUGUGAAGGGCUGGACUUACAUUUUGGAGAAAUACAAGGGCCAUCUUCCCAUUGAAAUCAAGGCCGUACCAGAAGGAAGUGUCAUUCCUCGAGGCAAUGUUUUGUUCACUGUGGAGAGCACAGAUCCUGAAUGCUACUGGCUCACUAACUGGGUGGAGACCAUUCUUGUUCAGAUCUGGUACCCAAUUACAGUGGCGACCAACUCCAGAGAGCAGAAGAAGAUCCUUGCCAAGUACCUCAUGGAGACCUCUGGGAACCUGGAUGGACUAGAGUAUAAAUUACAUGACUUUGGCUACAGGGGUGUGUCCUCACAAGAGACUGCUGGCAUUGGUGCCUCGGCCCAUCUGGUGAACUUCAAGGGUACAGACACAGUGGCUGGGAUCGGAGUCAUUAAGAAGUACUACGGCACUAAGGACCCAGUGCCAGGCUUUUCAGUACCUGCUGCUGAGCACAGUACAAUAACAGCAUGGGGGAAGGACCACGAAAAAGAUGCCUUCGAGCACAUCAUCAGGCAGUUUCCCAACGUGCCUGUGUCUAUCGUCAGCGACAGCUAUGACAUCUACAAUGCCUGUGAGAAGAUUUGGGGAGAGGACCUACGAGCGCUGAUAGAGACCCGCAGCGCAGAUGCCCCGCUGGUUGUUCGACCAGACUCAGGAAACCCACUUGAUACAGUUUUGAAGGUUUUGGAGAUACUGGGCAAAAAGUUUUCUCCGCAUGAGAACUCUAAAGGUUUUAAAGUUCUGCCUCCAUACAUCAGAGUCAUACAAGGAGAUGGAGUUGAUAUCAACACACUGCAGGAGAUCGUGGAGGGUAUGAAACAACACAAGUGGUCCAUCGAGAACAUCUCCUUUGGAUCUGGUGGAGCAUUGUUGCAAAAGCUGACCAGAGAUCUGCUCAACUGCUCGUUCAAAUGCAGCUAUGUGGUGACUAAUGGACUGGGGGUGAACGUGUUCAAGGAUCCAGUGGCUGACCCCAACAAGAGAUCAAAGAAAGGUCGGCUGUCUUUGCACCGGACGCCAAGCGGAGAUUUUGUCACUUUGGAGGAGGGCAAAGGAGAUCUGGAGGAGUAUGGAGUGGACCUGUUGCACACCGUGUUUCACAACGGGAAGAUUGUGAAGACCUACACAUUUGAUGACGUCAGAGACAAUGCCAAGCUUAAAGAAAGCGAGCUUGAGGAGCUGCUGCACUGAGUGCAGUCUUCCUGGACCCCCAGAUCUUCACCUUUUUACCUCCAGUUUCACCAUCAAAAAUGGAGGGAUAUGCACUGCUAACACAACCCUUCUCUUCCAAAUCCUGACGAGCUCAAAAAAAUGUUACAACAAAUAUAUAAAAACCCCCUAAAGAUUGCUGAAAAUUUAUUCUCAAUUCCACAAUUCAGAGGAAGUUUUAGGAAAUAACAAUUUGGAACCAGGCUUCUAAAGAUAAAUACCAUUCUCCCUAAAAGAAAGCAAAGUAUAUCCGUACGAGGUAUGGCAAGCAAGAAUAUCUACAGUAAAAAUAAUGUUCAAAUCAGCUGCAUCAACAAUUUAAUUUUAGCCAGAAUAUUUUGCAGCUCACUGAAAGUGUGGCGCUUCUACAUGUCUUUCUGUACAAAACUGCUAGGAAAAAAUACAAAUUUGAAUCAGCUUCGCUUUGUCCUCUAUGUGAAGGAAGAACUGAUGAUCCUUGUAUACUGCUGUACACUGAAAUACGUUAUUAUUCAAAAUGUUUUGCUUCACCUUGGUAGCAGUAAAUCCCAAACCCUUUAACUGUAAUUGUAGAUGGUAUUGUCAUAUUUUUUCCCCAAUUUCUUGCUUUUAAUUGGUAAUUACAGUCUAAACUAUACUUCUAGUAUGUACGCAGCCAACACAGAUGCAUUGCUGAGGGUAUAGAAAUGAUCAUCUCUCUGUGUCGUUAUGUUGCCCAUAGUGCAUUCUUAUCAUGAAGAUCCGACCCAAAAACAGAAUCUCGAAAAUAUGUAUCCAUUUAGGAUUUUAGCAUUUUGUACGCAUGAAUACUCUAUUUAAUAGUUUGAAAUCAGGAGGACGUCUUUAGAUCUUCAUGAUGGGUAAUGCAUAGCCUUUUUUGUGUAAGAUGGUGUAAAAGAAAAAAAAUAUAUAUAUAUGCAUCUCAAAAGUCAUCUUCACUGGUAUGAAGAUGAUGACAUUGUGUUCAUGAAUGAUUAUCAUUUUAUGGUUCCUGGGCUGAAAUGUAUGUUAAAUGUUUGUCCUGAUACGUGUGUUUCUCAGUGUGUAUACAGGUAUUUUCUUCCUUUAAACAACUGUGUAGUAGUCCUUUUAUGAAGAUGCAAUCGUUGAUGGAAGGAUUUGAGAACACACAAAGUUGGCUGGCCUUUGAAUCUGUAGGGGGGGUGUUGUAAUAGAGAGGUGGGUGUGGGAUGCGGUCUUUUGUAGUUGUAGAGUCGAGCUGGUCAGCAAACCUUCAGUAUCACUGCCUCAAGUCAGUCGGCAAAGCCGGCUGUCGAAGUGAAUGCCCAUUUAUCCUUCGGCUCGGUUCUCUUUCCACCUGUUCUGAACUGCUUAUUUCAGAGUCACCCAUUUUUUACAGGCUUUGAUGGGUCUCCUUGUUGACCUUUUAGAGUUGAAGGGGAUUUCAGAUGGGUUCAGAACUGGUGACAUCUCAAAAAAAUUUGAGUGGGAGUUUUCCAGGCUGAGCAGCUGGUAGUGACUAAUAGAUUUAUUCCCAUGAAAUUUGAAACCUCCGCAAUUUACACGGGCUGUACAUCCCCAGCUGCAAAGUUCUGCUGAUUCUUUUGGUUCCAGCAUGAUGUUAACAGUCAUGGCUUAGUGUAACAAGCCACAGGAGCUUUCUGUUCUGUCUGGCUGAUACGUUCUUGCGUCCUUAUUGCCGUCUCCAUCAGUGUCGGCUGUAGUUAGUGGGAGAUGCACCUAUCUCUGGUUUGGUGAAGCUUUGACCUGUCACUGUUGAUUUUAGCCAAUUCUGAUGGUAAGAAAUAAAAUAUUAUAUUAUAUUAGGUCACACUGUUUGUGUGUUAGAGGAGUGACUGACAUGGUUUAGUUAAUAUUUUUGAACAAAGACUAAAUAAAAUAGAGUUGACAUUUUAAGUCAUAUUUAGCAUCUUGUGUUACAUUUAGCUUAGUUGGCACAUUUAAUUUUACUUUAGCCGCAGUUUUCUUGUGUAUUCCCUAGAGAAUGUAGAUUUGUAUCCUAACUCGUUUUUUUUUUUUUUAUCUUCUUACAUCUUUCUGCUUCCACUGACGUAAGAAACAGCUAACCCCAAUGCCUCUUCAUUCAGUAACAGCAUCCACAGCAGAGUUGUCGGCUCAACCUGGUAGCACUUUCAUUUAGGGUCGGGGGCGAUCAACCAGUUUUAGGUGCAUCUCUGACAGUUUAAUGGAAAUGAACAAAUAUUGGCAUCCUAAUGAAGACGGUUAUUAUUUUAACAUCACCAUGUGAACGUCACAGAACAUCUUCCCAGGCACCACAGCUCUAGGCAGUCUAGUUUAAACGUUGGAAACUCCAGGCAGAAUUCAGUCAUUCAGCUGCUCUGCUAAUGUUUGCUUCACUCUCACAGCUGUAUGUAUUUCCCUCUCAAGAGGACUACUAGAACUUUUUAGAGCUUCAUACUGUUGAGAAAAGACCUGUGAUGUCUCCAACUCCUAAUUCUUGGCCUCGGCUCUGAAACACAGGAAAGCCAGAGAAGACCACAGCUUCUGACCUGUUUUUUUUUUUUUUUUUUUUAACCAUCUAUUGUUGCUGCUCUUUUGUCACAGACAGUAGUUGUUUUCUUUUCGAAAUAUGAGGUGCAUUUAGUAAAAUAUCAUUUUACUAUUUUGAUACUGUCUCAGUUCUUACCUCAGAUGAAUAUUAUUUUAUAUGACUAGGGAGAAGAAGAAAAAAAAUCACAGUAAAUGUCUUUAUUUACAAACAAUGCGGCCAUACUGCCUUCUCACUUGUACAUAAAACAAGGGGGUACAACUGAAAGCAGAGAGGGAACGCUAGGUGGAUGACCACACUAGAUACUACUAUUAUUUUUGUCAGAAUGACCAUUUUUGUACCAACUGAAGAAUAUCCAAAACGGCUUGACAGAACCGGCGGCGUGACUGUUUCUGGGACUGUUGAGCCUUUAGUUUGUGCGUGAGUGGAGUCCUGUGCGAAUGCCGUGUUGUAUAACGGAUGGGACAAAACAAAGAAAAAGUGGUUGUGAAUACUUUGAUUUUCUUUACGUUGAUUUAUUCGUAUGUAUAUGUUGUUCCAAAUUCUUUUUUUUUCCCAGCACAACAGAUUUGAACUAACAACUGGCUAUGUUGUGAAGAAACACUGAAUAAAAAUGCCACCCUGUCAGUUUGAAA